CUCGCGACGCCCGCGCCUGCACGCUCGCCGCGUCGACGCCGGCUGUCUCUCUACGCUUUAGCGCCGCCUCCUCUCCUCCUCCAGCCGGCAUGGCGCUGUCACUGUUGAAACAGGCGACAGUGCCUCUGCCAUCUCGUAGGCGUUGCUGCCCCAAGCGGCAGUGACCUCUUAGGAGCCAUUGUCGGCGCUGCCUCCUUGCUGCCUAUAUCAAAGCUCCGAAGAGUCGCCGUUGAUGCCGCAAGCUGGCGACGCCGCAGAUGCUAUCAGCCAUACCUCAUGCUGCAAAGCUUGCGGCGAUGCGCCACCGGAGCUUCAAAGGUGCCUCGCCGUAGCAGUAAAUGUGUGUUGACAGUACUGCAUAAGUGAGUCGGCGGAGAUGCAAAGGUGCGCCGCCGUGCGCCACCGGAGCUGCAAAGGUGUGUCGUUGGACCUGCAAGCAGCGAACGCCGGAGCUGCAAAGGUGCGUCGCCGGAGCUACAGGCGGUGACGCCGGAGCUACAAAGGUGAAUCACCGGAGAUAUAAGCGGCGCGCCGGAGCUGCAAACGGUGAACAUCGGAGCUGCAAAGGUGCGUCACUCUAGCUGCAUGCGGCGAACGCCGGAGCUGCAAACAUGCGCCUCCAGAGCUGCAAGCGAUGAACGUCGGAGCUGCAAAGGUGCCUCACCCGAGCUGCAUGCGGCGACCGCCGGAGCUGCAAAGGUGCGUCGCCGGAGAUGCAAGCGGCGGACGCCGGAGCUGCAAGCAGCGACCGCCGGAGCUGCAAAGGUGCAUCGCCGGAGAUGCAAGCGGCGGACGCCGGAGCUGCAAAGGUGGAUCACUUGAGCUGCAUGCGGUGAACGUCGGAGCUGCAAACAUGCGCCGUCAGAGCUGCAAGCAAUGAACGUCGGAGCUGCAAAGGUGCCUCACCCGAGCUGCAUGCGGCGAACACCGGACCUACAAAGCGACGAACAUCAUCAUUGUUGGAGCCACCUCCUUGCUGCAAACCCACCGCGCGGCGCCGCGCGCGGCCCUCCGAAGAUCAUGCGCGGAGGCACACAUGGGCUUCCUGCGCUCGAGGAGACGACGGCCGGACUGUCUCCUUUUUACUCUGCAAUCUGGUGCGGUGCUAGGAUCCACCCACGUGGGAAGAAAGCGACUUGUGCCUCUGUUCUAAUCCAACGGACGCGAGCGCUCCCUUUAGAGUGAUCAGACGGCUACGGAGGCGGAGGUUCGGGGCUUUCAAACCUCCGAAGGAUUAUCAGCGCUCUCCUUUUUUAUAUGCCCUAAUCUUUUUUCCAGAUCUUUUAACCAUGCUUAAAUGCGUUUUUACCUAUAUGCCCCUAUAUCUCCGGAACCAGCCCAAGCCACGACAAGCAACAGCAGCUAGUCAUCACCCAGACAAAAAAGUUACGCAAGAGAGCAGCACGCGAACCAGCGCUUGCGGCGGCGGCGAGAUGGCCUCGGGCAAUCGCACCACCUCCGUCGAGCACGGUUCCCAGAUCCACCCUUCCUCCGGGGACAACGGCGGCGGCGCGUGUGGCACCGGCGGAUUCAGCCUCUCCUCCGAGAACCAGGAGAUCGAGGAGAUGCGCAGGAGGCUGCGGCAGAUGGAGGAGCAGGAGAUACUGCUACCCGCCGCCACCGCCGCCGCGUUCCAUGAAGAUCCAGCUGCAGAGGCAACCGCAUUCGACAAGUCAGAGGUGGAUGCUCGCUCCAUUUAUGUUGGAAAUGUUGACUACACUUGUUUGCCUGAGGAAGUUCAGCAGCAUUUUGAAGAUUGUGGAACUGUCAACAGGGUUACAAUUUUGACAGACAAUUUUGGCCAUCCCAAAGGAUAUGCUUAUGUGGAGUUUCUUGAAGUUGAGGCAGUCCAAAAUGCUCUCCUGCUGAAUGAUACAGAACUACAUGAACGUCGGUUGAAGGUGUGUCCAAAAAGAACUAAUAUUCCAGGAAUGAAUCACCCUAGGGGAAGGCGUUCAUAUGAUCCUUAUUAUCCCUCGUAUCCAACAUAUGGGAGGGUGCCAAGGUUCAGGGGGGCACCCAGGUACUGGCCGUACUGAUUGUGCCAGGUCGCUUUGACUCUUCAGUUUUUUGGUGGCGAAUUUCCAAUGUGCCAUCAUAGAGAAGAUGACUAUCCGCAGCUCCACCAAUGUACAUCCGAUAGAGGCAAAGACUGAAAGACUGUGACUCCUUGUUGUACCUCCGAUCAUGCUAUGAUAGCAUUCUUCUGCCUUAGGAAUGACCAUCUGUUCCAGACUAUCAUGUGAUCAGUCGGUCUGGUGGAUUUUAUACCAUUUCAUUUAGCCAUUAAUGAGUUCUAAAACAGAAUUGUUGGUGAAGUCAUGUAUGUACUCUGCUUGCCCUGAUGAGUUCUAAGCAGUCGGAUUUGAAGUUUGUAGCGAAGCACCUGCAACAAUGGUCAAUAUACAUUAGUUGGUUCGCUUUUUCU